AUAAUCAAUCAGAGUGGUGGUUACUUGGACGAUGAGUCAAUCCUGACUCAGGAAGGAGGCGGCGAGGAAGGAAGGAAUUCUGAUGCAGGGAGGAAGGUAGCUCAGAUUCUGCUUUCAAUCCUUAUACGCAAUCUUUUGUUUUAUUCAGAAGCUAGGGGGUGAGGAGUUGGGGAUUGAUUGCGUACGCAUAUGGGGAGAGCGUUUGUGUACGUCGUAGUGGGAGGAGGAGUUGCAGCUGGGUACGCCGCCCAUGAAUUUGUCAAGAGAGGCGUUUCUCGUGGCGAGCUUUGCAUCGUUUCUGAAGAGACUGUUGCACCCUAUGAAAGGCCUGCAUUAAGCAAAGGUUAUUUGCUUCCAGAAGCUCCUGCACGGCUCCCUUCAUUUCAUUGUUGUGUUGGCUCCAAUGAGGAAAGAUUGACUUCAAAAUGGUAUAAAGAGCACGGUAUUGAAUUGAUUCUUGGAACAUGGGUUAAGUCCGCAGACGUGAGAAGGAAGACUUUGCUAACUGCAACAGGAGAAACCAUAAGUUACAAGUAUCUGAUUGUUGCAACUGGAGCCAGGGCCCUGAAGUUGGAAGAGUUUGGAGUAAAUGGAUCAGAUGCAGCAAAUGUUUGUUACCUACGAGAUUUGGCUGAUGCGGACAGACUUGUAAAUGUAAUGAAGUCUUCUACUGGUGGAAAUGCUGUCGUUAUUGGAGGCGGCUAUAUAGGAAUGGAAUGUGCUGCAUCUUUGGUGAUAAACAAAUUAAAUGCGACAAUGGUUUUUCCAGAAGCGCACUGCAUGGCAAGAUUAUUUACCCCUAAGAUUGCUGGAUACUAUGAGGACUUUUACCAGUCCAAAGGAGUGAAGUUUAUCAAAGGAACAGUGUUGGCUUCAUUUGAUUUUAACUCUGAUGGAAAGGUCACUGCUGUUAAUCUUCGAGAUGGAAGCAAGCUUCCUGCAGACCUGGUUGUGGUCGGGAUUGGGAUUCGUCCAAACACAAGUCUGUUUGAAGGUCAACUAACCCUCGAGAAGGGAGGAAUCAAAGUGAAUGCCAAAAUGCAAUCGAGCAACAACUCCGUCUUUGCAGUCGGAGAUGUAGCUGCAUUUCCAGUCAAAGUUGUUGGAGAAACCCGGCGACUGGAGCAUGUCGAUGCAGCCAGAAAAUCAGCAAGGCAUGCAGUUGCUGCAAUCAUGGAUCCGGAAAGAACUGGUGAAUUCGAUUACCUUCCUUUCUUCUACUCCCGAGUGUUCACAUUGUCCUGGCAGUUCUACGGGGAUAAUGCAGGGGAAGUCAUUCAUUUCGGUGAUUUCUCUGGAAACACCUUUGGUGCUUACUGGGUGCACAAGGGCUGCCUCGUCGGGUCCUUUCUUGAGGGUGGAACUAAAGAACAGUAUGAAGCCAUAGCCCACGCCACGAGGCUCAAACCCAAAAUUGACGACUUAGCCGAGGUGGAGAGACAGGGGUUAGGAUUUGCGCUGUCUGUAAGCCAGAAGCCUUCGUUUGCACGGACAGCUGAUGUUGGAGGCGGCACGGGCAUGAUAAUAGAGAAACCGACGUAUGCAUGGCAUGCAACUGCGGGAGUUAUUCUUGCUGCGUCAAUAGCUGCGUUUGCGUACUGGUACGGUCGAAGGCGCCGGAGAUGGUAGGUGGGUCGGCCAUCCAUCACUGUAGCUUUGGUGUGUAGGAGAAAGAUAAAGAUAAGAUAAGAUGCGGGUGUUGUAGCCAUACACAUUACUUAUUAUCAGGUGAUGACACAUUCAGUGAUAAUACUACUGUUCGCACAAAGGGAAUGAAUAAUUAAUGAAUUUGGCAUGGCAAGGAGUAGGAGGAGGAGGGAAAGGAGGUUCUGAUAUUUAUUUGUAUCUGUGUAACUCACUCACUCACUCACUCUUAUUCUCUUAUAUGCAAUAAAUAACACAACAAAUCACAGCACAGCA